ACAGCUUGCUCGCCCGCCGUGGAGCAAUCGAGCCGUCUCUUCAAGUUUUGAGUGGAAUCGCCUAAUGACAGGAGAAAGUCUGGCUCCCGUACGCAACGGAGGAUUUCCCCAGUAAUUUCACGUGCAACUCUGGAUUAUCGGCCGGGAAGGAAAUUCCCACACCGUGCGCUUGCUGGCGUGAAAGAUUGUGAAACGAACCCGUCUUGUCUGCUGCGAGAGAGGAAAGGUGGAAGGGAUUAGUCGAAGGCCGAACCAGAAGGACCGAUAGUGCGUUUUGGAAGUACCUAGUUGACUUUGUUGCUGCUGCUGCUUUUGGCCGCCUGCACAGUGCAUGACCAUGAACAUACCGAACCAAUAUCUGGAGAAGACCGAAGACGUUGCGGACCAGGUCAUCCGAAAGGGUAAGCACAUCCUCCCACAUGUGGCACGACUUUGUCUCAUCGCAACCUUCCUGGAGGAUGGCAUCCGGAUGUGGGUCCAAUGGAACGAGCAGCGUGAAUACAUGGACAUGAGUUGGGGCUGCGGCAAGUUCCUUGCCACGGUAUUCGUGCUCGUCAAUUUGAUAGGACAGGUUGGUGGCUGCGUGAUGGUGCUUGGCCGGCUAAAGGUGACCAUCGCUUGCGGAGUGCUGUUCUUCAUCGUCGUUCUACAGACCGUCGCCUACUCCAUCCUGUGGGACAUUCAGUUCCUGCUGCGAAAUCUGGCUCUGAUCGGCGCCCUGCUUCUGGUGUUGGCCGAGUCCCGCGGAGAAGCCCGCAGCCUGUUUGCCGGCGUGCCCUCGCUCGGCGAGAACAAACCGAAGAACUUCAUGCAGCUUGCCGGCCGGAUUCUGCUCGCGUUCAUGUUCAUCACCCUGAUCCGGUUCGAGUUGAGCUUUCUGCAGGUCCUCCAGGACAUCCUCGGUUCCAUCCUGAUGGUCCUGGUGGUGAUCGGCUACAAGACGAAACUUUCUGCCCUGAUCCUGGUGGCGCUAUUGACUGUGCUCAAUCUCUACCACAACGCAUGGUGGUCCAUUCCGACGUACAAACCUCUGCGGGACUUUUUGAAGUACGACUUCUUCCAGACGUUGUCUGUGAUCGGCGGACUGCUCAUGAUCGUUUCUCUUGGACCGGGUGGUGUCUCGAUGGACGAACACAAAAAGAAGUGGUAAAGGCGCAAGGAUCUGUCCAUCCAUCCAUUCCCCACCACCUCCGUGCAUGGCAAAUAAUUGAUAUUCGUUCCGUCAUUCGUGUGAGAGACAGAGCGAUAGAGAGCAAGCUGAAACACAGCAAGAAAGAUCGAGCGAGUAAUAGCGCGAGCGAAACAUAUUUUUUGAUUUGUAGGAAUUUUUAAUAUAUAAAGGAUAUUUUUAUUAAAAUUGUGUCGAUCCAUCACACAUGAACACAUUCGUCGAACGAAAUUCAUAUAGGGAAAAGGAUACAGACGCCAGCAAAACGAGAAAACUAUCGACAUGUGAUAGAGAAGAAGAAGAACCGAAGACGAAGUGACACUUCCAUCGAAUAAGAGAAAGCUUUGAAGCGCGCCGCCAGGACCAAGACUUCAGAAUAUUUCCGGACUUAAACACGUUGAUUUUCCCGUUUUUUCCUGUAAUUUUGUAUUAGAGAUACUAUGGAAGAAGGAAGCAUUUUUUCUGUUUGUUCCGUUAAGAGAAAAUUGCGCAUUGAACAAACCGACUAACUAUUAAAAAAGGGAAGAAAGUAUAUUAUCUAAAUAAAGCCACAAACUGAUUAGAUUUUUACCUUAUACAAAACCGAACCCGGCUCUCUGUGUCUAAGUUUUCAUUGAGUUUCUUUUGCCUUUGCCUUUAUCCUUGUGUGGAAACUCGGUUUGUAAAACGGAGUUUUGCAAUCUUUACUGCGAGAAUUUAAUUCCUUUCCAUCUGUCCAUCCAUUUUCGUACUGCGAUGCGAGUCGACAAGAGCGGGGUGACUCGUGAGCGUUGGGAAUUUGCAAGUUACUUUAAUAUAAAGCUAGGCUUAUUCUACGUUUUGGGCGAUAGGAGACAUUUCGAAUGAUGUGAAAAUUGUCAAAGCCUCCCAUUGUAGUUAUGGGUGAAAAAAUGAAAUCGACACGUCUCCUGUCAUCCGAGGCGUAGAAUGAGCACAAAUAUUAUUAAUAGGCAUAUUAGUUAAACAUUGCAAAUAAUUUGAACAUAUAUUUCUGCUUGAGUAUUCCGUUUAGAUAUGUUGUAUAUACCUACAUAAAAAUCAGACAAUGAUGAAGCCAAUAAAUCUUUUAUGUCAAUGUCACAACAUUUGGAAUCGUUAA